GAGAUACGAGCUGCUGAACAUCGUCUGGGAGGGAAAUUAUUAGGAAGAGACAAGAGGGAGGAAAGUCAAGCAAGGAGGGAAGAGGAGCGCGAGUACACAAUCCAGGAAGACUCAUCACCUAUGAGGUCUACAACAUGUCCUCCGACAGUGGAUCCUCCAUAUCUGCUGGAGAGGAUCAGCAACUCGCCAUAGAUCAGCGUCAACAAGUGCUACAAGCUGAACAGGAAGGCACACAGAAAAGAACCUUCUCAAAUUGGAUUAAUUCACAGUUAUCAAAGCAUCAGCAGCAAUCCGUUGUAACAGAUCUGUAUGCUGAUUUCAGAAAUGGACACAUUCUGUUGGACUUACUUGAGGUUCUCUCCAAUGAAGUCUUGCCCCGUGAAAAAGGCAAAAACCUCUUCCAGUCAAGAAAUAAUAUCGAAUCAGCUCUGACCUUUUUAGGAAAGCAAUCAAUCAAGCUCAUAAAUAUUCAUGUUGAGGACAUCAUUAGUGGGAAACCCUCUAUUGUGCUUGGCCUCAUUUGGCAAAUCAUUUUACAUUUCCAUAUUGAAGGCCUGGCAAGCAUUUUAGCUUCUCCUGAUGACCUGCAACCGGUUAAGUGUGACACUAAGAAAGAAGCUUCGCCUACGGCAAGCCCAUCCCCGAAACGGAGUGCCAGAUCUAGAUGGAAGAUAUCUGCUCAGAAAGUUCUGUUACACUGGGCUCAGGAGCAGUGUGCACGGGUGGGAUCUGUCAAUGUGAAAGAUUUUAAAUCCAGCUGGAAAAAUGGGCAGGCCUUCUUAGCAAUCAUUCACUCUUUGAGACCAGACCUGAUUGAUAUGGAGACAUUUCAGGUCAAAUCUAACGAGGAGAAACUGCGAGAGGCCUUCAGAAUUGCAGAAGAAGAGUUAAAAAUUCCAAGACUCCUUGAACCAGAAGAUGUAAAUGUUUCGGAUCCUGAUGAAAAAUCCAUCAUGACCUAUGUGGCCCAGUUCUUACAGUACUCGAAGAACAGAACAGAUCCUACAGGGAACACAACAGAUCGAGUUAGGAAAGCCAUUGAAUGGUUGAACUUGGAAGAACAAACCUUAAAAAAAUUGUUUUCUGAAAUGAAAGAUGAGACAUACACCAAAAAGUACCAGGAGAUCCUGCUAUUCAUGAGGAGGUUUAAUGAACAGAAGAGAAUUUACAUGUCUGACUUAGCUGUGGAAACUCUACAACCUGAGGAGCAACGACUUAUAAAGCAGUCACUUGAAAACAUAACUUUCCAGAUUGCAGCAUGGAAGGAGCAGCUGGAUCAUAGUUUGCCACCCCCUCUGGACGCUAUAGAGAGUUGGCUCUCAGAAGUCGAAGACCUGAUGUCACAGACAUUGCCUGAGUCAGGAGGCCACCACAACACAAUGUCUCUGCUGCAGGCUCUGUCCAUCUCUUUCAAGGCUUUAAUGAUUCAUGCAGCCCAUCACUCUAAGAGUCUAAGAUCAUUUCAGAAUGUUGAUGAUAAUGGAGUUAUUCUUGUGCCAGCUGAUAAGACAGAGGAGAUGAAGACAAGGAUGGAGAAGAUAUUGGCUUCAAACUUCAGUGUUCUGGUGGAUUAUCGCUUCUCUGCACAUUGUGUUCUGGCUCUCCUGGAAGAAGGAUGGCCUAAGUUAAAAGCCUGGAAAGGGAAAUACAAGUCAAAAGAAGCAGUGGAAUUCCUCCUCGCCGAUUAUAAUGAAUUUGUCGGUGAGAAACAAUUCAUGGUUCAUCUUGAAAAUGCAUUUCAAAAAUUCAAAGAACUACAUAACCAACUUCUGACUACAGAGGAAUAUUCUGAUGAUUCAGAGAUUGCAAAACAGUACAAAAAGAUCGAGUCAAAGUACGAAACAUUUGUUACAUCAACUCAAGAGGUGCAACCUGUUUUGGAAAAAGUUCAAACCUGCUGGAUUCAGUUUGAGAAUAAUAUCAGCCUUAUUACAGUCUGGCUGGAUGAGCAGCACAAGAUGCACCCUGGCCAUGUUCCCAUGGAGAUUCUGUCCAAAUGGAAAUCAUUGCACAAGUCAUUAAACAGAGAUGCCAAUUUCUUGAUUGAGAAAACCAACGAGAAAGCAGCUUCCAAGUUGUCCCACAGGCUGAAGUCUUUCAACAACCGAUGGACCAAAUAUUUGAAGCUGUAUGAGGAAGAGAUGAAAGAAGGGAUGGGCAGUGAAGCGCAAGAUGACCAGCCUGAUGGCUCACAUGCAGGAGAUUUUGCCAAACAAACAGAGGUCUCAGCUCGAACUCUGAGAACAUAUAUUCAGACAUUGCAGAAGAGUACAAAGACGGCUGAGUCAUUAAAACCCUGCAUAGAGAUUCUGAGCAAUCUUGAAAAGCUGGAAAAAUUGUCUGAGUCAGUAAAUGUAUGGGCUGAAGGUGCGGAACAGGUCCUCACCACCACUCACCCACAGGAGACCCCAGAGGAGACUGUGAGGAGCAAUAUUCAGGAUUUUUAUGAGAAUGGGAUUUUUCAUCAAGAGGAACUUGCCGAAGCUGAAAUGACUGUCCAUGCUGUGGCCCAUCUUAUUCUCACUCAUAGAGACUUGCAGCGUUUCAGUGUUGAUGGCCUGAAAAGGAAUAUCGUCCAAGCUCAUGAGAAAGUUCAGGAGUUGGUGUCCAGACUGGGGUUUGCCCUGCACCCUCCAGAGAAACAUUUGCUUGAAAAAGACAUCAAAAUAAAUUUUGAGAGGUCAAAGGGGGACCUGGAAACCUAUAUAACAAGCGCGAUGGCACUGCUGGGACAGAGAGUCGCCCCAGAGGAGUUCAUUUCACAGUAUGAGGAAACUGUGGGCAAGUUUAGCGUACGAAACCUUGAAAAAUUCUUGAAAGCGGCAGAUCAAAUGAGAACCAUUUCUUCCGAUAAGGAGAAGCUGGCGGUAGAUAAGGUCAGCGCUGAUCUUCGUCACAGAUGGAAAAUUGUCCAUGGUGAGCUGGAGUCCUAUGUCAGUGAAUUAAAACAACUCAUCCAGAAGCAAAAAUAUGUUGAUCAGUCCUGCAGACUGAAGACACAGAUUUCUAAGGCUGUGCACCAGAAUGGAGACAGUAUCCCAAAAGACACUGAGACAAAUGGCUCUACCCUAGAAAAGCAGCUACAGAUAUAUGAAGCACAGAAAAGAGACUUGGAACUGCUACUGCAGAGGUCAAGAGAGAAGCUUGGUGCUGAGAGUCCCCAUGAGGCUCAAGAUGUUAAUGAACUCCAAAGCAGACAUCAAGAACUAGAGGUUUUACAAGUACAGCUAAAGAAAUCCUGGAGACAGUUGGAGUCCACAUCACAGGCAAUGGAGAAAAUGUUGUCUGGUGAUCAAAAGGCAAACUGCUCUGAAACAAUGUCUGCUCUUCAGUCUGGCAUGAAAGAGGUUACUGAAGAAAUUAAUAUCAGGAUACAGUCUCUGUUGAUUACGAUAAAUGUGCUUCUGCCUAUUGAGCAAGAUGUGUCUGUUCUGUGUGAAUCAAACCUGCGGAGUCCAGUCCAAGAGAUGGAAAAGUUCACUGUCUCCAGUAUUGGUUCAGUGUAUCAGGAUCUCCAGGAGUUCCAGAGUUCUGUAGAAGAUCAGAUUCAGCGAUGUGAUGAUCUGGAAUCUUCUGCCGAUGUCAUUGACUCAGCAAGUCCUGUCGAUAUGCAAGCUGUCCAGUCCAUUGUGCAAGACUACAAAAUGCAACUAGGAGCAACAAGUGAAGCCAUGAUGGAACGUGAGACUCUUCUGAAAGACCUGGAGUCAUUUUUGUCUUCUCUGAGAUCAACUAAGUGGUCAAUUCAGGCUGUAGCUGCUGUGAGUGAAAAGGACAGAACUAUCAUUCUACAAAAACAGAGGAAUAUUGAGCUACAAGAACAGAAAGUUCAUAGACUGAGAAUGGAGGCUAAAGAGCUAGAUGACCGCUUGGUACCAGCAGGAAUCUACUUGGAAGACCCAGAACAUGGGGGAGAAACAUCCUGCCUAAAGAUGGUUGAUGGAUUUUUUGAAAAGCUAGAAAUUGCUAAGCAAGCGGUUUUGCAAGAAUUAAGAAACCUUGACACACAGGAUUCUGAGAUACCAUCACUAAAUGGUGCAUCGUACAGCCAUUUGUCAUCUGAUGAUGAUGUACCUUCAGGAUUAAAUGACUGUUAUCAGGAAGAGAAGAUGGAGACCUUCAUGGCAUCAAAUAUCAAUUCAGUUUUGCAGGAAAUAAAGGAAGUUAAAAAUACUUUUGAAAAUGAGAUCCAACACUGUGACAGUUUGGACUUGCCAUCCACCGAGACUACUUUAAAUCAGUAUAAAAUGGAAUUGAAAGCCACAAACGAACUUAUGAGAGAACGAGAAACAACCCUUAAAGCACUGAAUAAUUUUCUUUCCUCGCUUAAAGCGGCUAAAGCAUCUAUUGUUUCUGAAUCUGCAGUCCUGGUUAUGGAAAGGAAAACUCUGCUAGAGAAACAGAGGAACCUCGAAGAACUUGAAAAGGACAUUUACCGCCUUGGCCAAGAAGCUGAAAAACUUGAUGACAACCUGCAAGUGGCUGAGAUCACUCUGGAAGACCCAGAGUAUGGAGGGGUAACCUCUUGCCAGAAAAUGAUUAGCAUGUUCUUUGACAAGCUAGAAAAUGCACAACAAGCUGUUCUGAGAGACAUCCAGAGCUUGCAGGAGAGUGAGGCACUGGAGAUUCUAAACAACAGACAAAGAGCCCUGUGCAAAAAUAUUGAAGAUAUUCAGGACCAGAUUGAUAAAAUUGGUCUUCGAGAUCCAACUAUUCAUGCUGUCCAACAAAGAAUUAAAUCAUUGAUGCAGUUGGAGAAGAAGCUAGAAUCAUUCAUAAAUGAAAAGACAUCCAUUUCAACUGCCUUCCUGGAGCUUGUUCAUACCGCACAUUCCAAGGAUAUCUGUACACCUGACGAGUGUGAUAUACUGUGGGAGGAUGCAAUGCAGAAUAUCACUCACAGCAAGGAGCAGUGCGAGGCGGUAAUAGAACUCCUCCGCAAGUUUCAGAGUUACAAAAAGGAACUAACGUCACUUAUUCAAAAAGCAGAGACCUUAUUGCCCUGCCAGUCAUCUUACAUAGGAAAAGAAAAUCUUCAGGAAACCCUGAAAAAGGUAAAAGCUGUUAAACAGGAGUUUGAUGAUCACUCAGAAGAGGUUGACGAGAUCAGCAGCACCUGCAAGAAGUUACAGUCUCAGAUUAAUCAGAUCAAAAGCUUUGAAGAAUCUCCCUUUCAAACUGAGGCCAACACAAUUAUUGAUAAGUGGUUGGAUAUUACAGAGAAACUUGAAAGCUAUAAUGAAAACCUGAAGAGUGCCAUUAGCGCGUGGAACAAAAUCCAGCAUUUCUUAGAGGAUAUUGAACAGUGGGAAUUAAGAAAAAAAGCAUUUGAAGCCAGUGAUCUAACCAGGGAAGAAAUUCUGAAGUUUAAUAUUGAGGUUAAAAAUCAUGAGAAACAUUUAGAAGAAAUCAGCAAGCUCUCCAGAGAGAUACAGAAUCUUUUGCAAAUAGAUGAACUUCCAUUGGAGUUGCAGGUCAUUCAGAGCAAUCUGCAAAGUAAAGUAACUUCACUAUCCAAGUUUGCAUCAGCAAAAGCUAACCUCUUGGAAAAAUCACCAAUAUCUCCAGUCCUAAGCCCGCCUUUCACUUGUUCAACAGAUGGGGAAUUAGUACAGAUAAACGCUCCUCUCACCGGGGACACGUCUCGGGAACAGUGUGUAAAUGGAGGGCCAGAGACUGAAAGAGGAGAUGAGUGUAUGGAUGAGACCCAGCUGGGUACCAGGCAACAAGAUUCUACAGCUUUACCAUCAGAAUCACAGAGGAUUGAAUACAAGACUGAAUUGCAGUCCAACCUGUACGGAGUCCAGCAGAGUGAACAGUUAAGCACUCUCCAUACCAGACUGUCAGAAUUGAAGAAGAGACAUGAAAACCUCAACACUGAGCUGCAGCCAGGGCAGAAAGAAAAGAGAAGGCAACCGGACAGCUUUAUGCUUCUUCUCCAGGAUGGUCAGAAGCUUGGUGUUUCACUGAAAGAGCUGAAUGCAGAAAUUAUGGCUGCAGGCUCUGAUGGGUCUACCCAGGGUCAGAAUAGUCAGUUGCUGGAAAUCACACAGCUUUAUGACGGCUUUAUGAAAGAAUUGCAGGAUACAGUGCAGAUGCUGGAAAGCCAUAUCGAAGAAGAACACCGCUAUGACAGUCUCUCCAGUGCCCUAAAUAACAAAAUGACAAGUUUCUAUGAAGAGCUUGUUAAUUUUACCGGCUCAUCACGGGAAAACGCACCAUGCGAACUGAAGAGGCAGAAAUUACAGGAGCUACGCAAUCAGUAUGAAGGCUUACAGAAGGACUUCUCUGAGGUGAUUCGGGUAGCAGAAGGUGUGAAGCAGAGUGCCUCUUCCCCUCAAGUCGUACGAAUCCAGGAGGCUCUGGACAUGCUUCAGUGUAAAAUGAGAGGUUAUUUGGAACGACUUGACUAUCUGAAGGAAGCAAUAGAACUACCUCCCCUGGUAUAUAAAAGCAAGAAAAAGGAACCUAAGAAAGGGACAAAGAAAAAAACAGGACACUCUAUAAAAUCCAUAUUAGAACCAUCUUUACAACCUUUGCAACUUGCUGAAAAGCACACAGUGUCGCCUACAGCUGAGCCUUUAGUGGAAUCUGAGAAGGCUGCAGUAGAACCUUCAGUUCAGCCAGCAGUUGAUUUAUCAGCACCUGCAUCAGAGCCUCCAGUGCUUACUAAUGUUGAGUUGCUAGUGCAACAUUCAGUCCAGUCUACUAGUGAGCUUCGGAAUAAACCUGGAACAUCUUGUGAAGAAAAGCUAGCACUAGAUCCUGUUUUAAAACCUGCAUGGAUGUCUACAGUGCAAACCACAGCCAAGUCAUCAGUGCAAUAUGGAGGGGAAUCUUCAGUGGUGCCUUUAGUGCAACCAUUAGCAGAGCAUUUGACCCAUCCCGACAGUCUCUCCAGUGCCCUAAAUACCAAAAUGGCAAGUUUUUCUAAAGAGCUUCUUCAAUUUUCCGUCUCAUCACAGGAAAACACAGCACCAGAACUGAAGAGGCAGAAAUUACAGGAGCUACGCGAUCAGUAUGAAAUCUUGCAAAAGGACCUAGCUGAGGUGAUUCGGGUAGCAGAAGGUGUAAAGCAGAGCACCUCUUCUCCUCAAGUCGUACAAAUUCAGGAGGCCCUGGAAAGGCAUCACUGUAAAAUGAGAGGUUAUUUGAAACAACUUGACCAUCUGAAGGAAGCAAUAGAACAACCUCCCCUGGUUCAUAAAAUCAAGAAAAAGGAACCCAAGAAAGGGACAAAGAAAAAAACAGGACAUGCUGCAAAAUCCAACUUGGAAACAUCAUUACAAUCUUCUGUGCAACUUAUUGAAAAGCACAAUGUGCUGCCUACAGUAGAGCCUUCACUGGAAUCUUCUGGGAAGGCUGCAGUCGAACCCUCAGUGCAGCCAGUAGUCGAUCUACCAGAACCUGCACCAGAGCCUCCAGUACAUUUUGAUAAGUUGUCAGUGCAGCCUUCAGUCCAGUCUGCUGGUGAGCUUUGGGUAACUCCCAGACCAUCUUGUGAAGAAAAGCUAGUACUAGAUCUUGCUUUAAAACCUGCACAGCAGCCUACAUUGCAAACCACAGCCGAGUCAUCAAUGUACUUGGAACACUCGGUGCAAUAUGAAGGGGGAUUUUCAGUGGUGCUUCCAGUGGAAUCUUUAGUGCAACCAGUAGCAGAGCAUUUUACCCACCCUGCAGCUAAACCAUCUAUGAUUCCCGUGGCCCAAAGUUUAUUGCAGCCUGCACCAGAGCCUUCAGUGCAACCUACAGUAGAUCUUACAUUGAGACCUGCAGAAGUCAUUUCAGCAUUACCUGCAGGAGUACCUUCAGUGUUGCCUAAAACUGAAUCUUCUGUGCAACUUGAAGCAGAACUUUCUAUUCCACCUGCUGCAAGAUGUAUAGUGCAGCAUUCAGGAGAACCUUUUGUUCAACCUGAUACAAUGCAUUUAGUACAGCAUACAACAGAGCUUACUCUUCAGCCUGGUACCAGGUCUUCAGUGCAGCCUUUAGAAGAGCAUGCUAAUUUACUUGAUGCAAGUGUUUUAGAUCAAUCAUCUGAACAAUCCAUAUUUCCUGUGGGAGAACCUUCAGCUGAGCCUGAUACAAUGCAUUCAGUACAGCAUACAACAGAGCUUACUGUUCAGCCUAGUGCCAGGUCUUCAGUGCAGCCUUCAGAAGAGCCUUUUGUACCACCUGACACAAGUUUUUCAGUGCAGCUUACACCAGGCUUUACUGUUCAGCCUGGUGAAGGACCUUCCAUUCACCCCUUGGAAGAGCCUGCUGAUUUACUUGAUGCAAAUGUUUUCAUUCAAUCUGAUGAACAAUCAAUGUUUCCUGUGGUCAAACGUUUAUUACAGCCUUCACCAGAGCCUACAGUAGAUCCUACUAUGCGACCUCCAGAAGUGGCUUCUGCAUUAACUGCAGAAGAACCUUCAAUGUUGCCUGAAACAAAGGCUUCAGUGCAACUUGCAGCAGAACCUUCUGUUCCACCUGUUGCAAGACCUUCAAUGCAGCCUUCAGGAGAGCCUUUUGUUCCACCCAAAGUAAGUUCUUCAGUGCAACCUGCACCAGAGAUUACAGAUUAUGUCGGUGAAAGACCUUCGGUGCAGCCUUCAGAAGAGCCUUCUGCUUCACUUGAUGCCAGAGGAUUAAUUCAACCUACUGAACUGUCCAUGUUUUCUGGGGCCAAAAGUUCAUUGCAGCCUACAGCAGAGCCUUCAGUGCAACCUGCAAUGGAUCUAACUAUGAGACCACAAGAAGUGGUUUCAGCAUUACCGACAGGAGAACCUUCAGUGUUGCUUGAAAUAGAGUCGUCUGUGCAACUUGCAGCAGAAUCUUCUGUUUCACCUACAGCAAGACCUACCGUGCAGCCUUCAGCAGAGCCUUUUCUUCCACCUGACGCAAGUACUGUGCAGCCUGAACCAGAAAUUAUUAUUCUGCCUGGUGCCAGGCCUUCAGUACAGCCUUCGGGACAGUCUUAUGUUCUAUCAAAUGAAAUUUCUUCAGUGCAGCCUACACGAGAGACUACUGUUCAGCCUGAUACAAGAUCUUCAGUGCCAUCUUUACUAGAGCCUUCAGAAGUGGCUUCAGUGCAGCCUUUAGUAGGCCCAUCUAUGCCAACUGUAAUUGAUUCUUUAGUACCACCUGCAGUGGAGCAUACACUACAUCUUACUGUACAACCUGCAGAAAGAUCUUCAAUACAGCAUGAACCAGAACCAUCUAGGCAAAAUAUGGUGGGUCUUUCUUUACAGUCUGCAGUGGAACUUAAAGAGCAUAAUUUAGUAGACCCUUCUGGUGUAGUAGAACUUGCCACACAUUCCUUAGCUGCUCCUUCAGAGGGAGCUUUGCAGGCCAAAAUACAGGCAGUGAAAACUUCAGAGCAAGAUGCAGACAACCAUGCAGCACAAGUUGUUGCGGAGAAUGUAGUGCACAAUGUUUUGGUGCAGGCGGUACAAGACCCAGUGGUACUUAAAGCCCAAGAGGCAGUGGAAUUCACAGUACAAGUUAAAGACCAAACGCACCCUCAUCCAGAAGUGUCUACGCUUUCCGACAAGCCUUUAUGUGCAUCUCCUGAUCAGACCCCCGUGCAGCCCAGCAAGUCGGAAAUCACAAAAGAAAGAAAAGGUUCCAAAGGAAAAAAAAAGAAAAAGUUGAUUGCUGCUUUGUACACUGCAGACAAGCAAACAGUGAAUGGAGUUACUUCACCACCAGUAGAAAAGACUAGCAUCUUGAAUCACAGUGAGCAGGAUUUAAGUGCAGAAUUUGUGCAAAAGAAAAUUAAUCAGGAUGCUUCGGACAGUUUGAGAGACGUCGCCAAGAUAAAAGCUUUAGAGGAGAGCGUGAAAGUAACUGAAGAACAGCGAGAGGCCAUUGGUCAACUUCAGAUGCAUCUCAAUGAUUGUGAUUCCUUCAGGAGACAACUGGAGACCUCGCUAAGCGACUUGCCAGCCGACGACUAUGAGUCCCUUCGAAUCUUUGCUCUGCUAACUACAGUGGAGGAGAAACUGCGGCGGGCUGAAAUGCUUUCAGAUGACGGGGGAAGAGUUGUUAUUUUAAAGGAGGUUGAGCCGAUGUGUGAUGAAAUCAAAUCUUACACGGAACGUCUUUCUAAAGUUGCUGCCAAGAUUCCCUGCACUGUUAAAAUGGAGGAGAAAGAGUUAGAUCAUUUUGAAGACGUUGUGGGAUUAAAUGCACAGGAUACCCAGCUGGUCAGUAAACAGCUUAAAUCACCCACCAGCAGAGAAGCUACCGCUAUGCUGUCUGUUGGCUUUAAGGAAGCGGUAUCUGCCCUGGAAGAGCCUCUCCCUCACUAUACCCAAUUUCAGAAACGGAUGCAAGAGAUACUCUCAAAUAUUUCACAUGCUGGUGGAGAUUCUGCCCUGCCUGAGAAAACUCUGGAAAAGUUUGCCAGCCAUAUUAAGAACCUUUGUGUAUGGGAAGAUGAUAAAAUUGAGUCUGAGCAGAGUCCAGAAGGAUUACACGUUGUGAUGUUGGAGAGAGGCAUUGAAAGUUUAAAGAAAAAUCCACCUAAAUUAUCUGUGAAUGAAUUGGCGCAGCACAUUGAAGAAAUUGAGAAGCUUCAUAAUGACAUCUCACGAACAAGGUCUCAAGAGUCUGCUGUUCAAAAAGCCAAUGGAGAUAGCCGAGGCUCUGAGCUUUUACUGUCAAAGUGUGAGGAUCUGCUGAAUGAACUUACCGUAUUGAGAACUGAAAAGAAAACGUUAUGCCAAGUAUUUAAGAGCUUCCAGGAUGCUUUAUGUGCUGCUAGACAGGCAUAUCAAAUGUUGUGUAAGGAGAAAGAAAAUCUGAAAGUUGCACCCACUGAAAGCCAUAUAAGUCAGCUCGACAAAAGAAAACAUUUCCUUGAUAAAGUGGAAAAGGAAAAAGUUACCUUGCAUGUCCUAAAGGCAGAACAGGCUAAUAUUGGUUACUUGGGGAUAUCAAGCAAAGACCAGGACAGAAUAGAAAAUGAAGUGAGUCAAAUAGAAGAUCUGUGGGAACAGAUGGAGUUCAACGUUUGUAGAGAAUGUGACCGCCUUAAUAAAGAAGUUGAAGAGUUUGCUGUUCUUAAGAGUAAAGUGGAUGAUGUUCGGAGCAUCAUUCAGGUCCAGCAAGACCUGCUUGAUCAGCCCUCUCCUUCUCCAGAAAAUGUUCUCAAUGCUUCAUUGGGCCUUUUUGCAGAGAUGCAAGCCAUUAAACAUUUGUUUAAUUUGCUAAGAAGUACAUGUGACUUGCAGAUGAAAAGAUCAUGGGGCGUAAAUGAGCGCCAAGACCUGGAAAACUCAUUGGAUAGUCUGCAGAGAGAGCUGGAAAAUCUUGAAGAACGGGUGAAAGACCGUCAACUUACUCGGUGUCAGACACCAGAUGCAUUCUUAGAACAGUUCCCAUCUUUACAGCCUAUAUACAGUUCACUCUUGUGGGUGAAGAAAUCACAAGACAAGUCUUCCUCUGAAAAUGGUAUUGCACUACUUCUGGGAGAUGUAGAGUGGCAGACCACAACUUACAAAAAAGUGCAAAAAGAAAUACUGAACAGAAAGUCUGCUGUAGACUCUGCCAUUGGAGAGUCAAAUCACAUUGCUAUAAGCUUUGAUGGAGCCAUGUCCGAAGAUUUUAGCACUUUCUUACAACAAUUGCAGGAAUUAUAUCAGGAACAGAUUAUACAAUCAACCUCAAGAUUACAGCAGUUGGAGCUAGGAUGGGAAAAGAGGAAAGCACUCUUUUCAGAAAUUGAAAAGCUCAAAGAAUUACUGCAGUGUCUAGAGAAAGAAGCAACUCCAGUCAAAAGAGGAAUAUUUACUGAAGCAGAGCUAUGUGCACAGCUGAAUUGCUUAAAGGCCAAAACCACAGAAAUGGAGGAAAUUGAAGGUCUUGUCUUGACACUUCUCAGAAACAGCCAGAGCUAUCAUGGUGAGCUAAAAAGCUCUGAGCAGUUAUAUUUAAAUGACAUAUUAAGAAGUCUUAAGUCGAAGGCAAGAAGAAUACGAAGAUUAGAGGAAAAGACAUUUUGUUACACCAAAAAAUUGCUGAGUAUUUGUAACGAGUUUCAAGAAAGGUUGACCUCCCUCCAUCGAAAUUUAAAUGCAUUGCAGCCCAGUGAACCAAAGAUGCAAGAAGAGGCUUUGAAACUAGACAGGGAGGUUUUUGUAAAGAAAUUACCGGUACAACUUUCCCAAAAUGCUGUCUCCUCAUCUAAAGAUCACUUGUCUCAGAUAUUAAGAUAUAAGGACUUGUUCAAGGAUAACAGGCUUCACUGGGAUGAUUUAACCAUUGAUGACUUACAGAAGAAAUGUUUAAGCUUUACAGAGAGAAGUGGUCACUCAGAACAUUGUGGACUAGAGCAAGGACAUUACCAAGAGCUGUCUCAAAAAAUCAGAACAAUGGUUUGUUCCCUACAAAGAGAGUCUGACACUACUGCAGCCAACUUCGAUGUUAUAGCUGCCCAAGUGGCAUGUAAAAAAAUAAAGAAAAUAAGUGUGUUAAUUGCUGAGGCACUGGGCUGGUUACACGCAGAACAGGCUAUUAAUGUGGAGACUCUCAGAGAUGAACAACAGUCAUUAACUGCUUUAGCAGAAAAUAUGGAUCAAUCAUACCAAGCUCUUAGCCAGCUUGUAGAUGAUUAUUACAAGAGUCCAAAACAUUCGCAGCAUCAAGUGAAGCAAGCCUUGCACACUUUAAAUAAAAUUGUCAGAGAGCUCAAGGAGCCAUUUCUUAAUGAGCUGGAUGAGAAUGAACUGCAAGAGAGGUUAUUGAGACUUGAAGCUCUUGGAGAAAUAAGCAAAGCAGAGGUACAAGGUGUUUUUUCAGUGUCGUCACUUUCAUCUACCGAUGACCUCAGCAAACAUCUGCGGGAAGUAGAGACUACUGGCCAACAAAUCGAGAAGAGGCUUUCAGAACAGAUUCAAAUCACCAAAGAGACUUGUGAUAUCCUUCAGAACAUGCAGAAAGCUAUCGCCAUGGUAGCUGAACUUUUCAGAGAAUAUGAAGAAAUGUUACACAGGGAUCAUGAUUUUGCUCUGAGCAGCCCAAGAGAGAAAUUCAAGGUCCUGGAUUCCAAAGAAGAAGAGAUAAAUGUCGCCAUAGCCAAAAUUCAGAAUAUCGCCCAUCAGCUGAAACCCAUUUGUAGUAGAGAAAAUCAGAGAGGCUUGGAUGAUAUUUUAAAACUAAUCAGCAACAAGAACCAUGAAUUGGCAGGAAUACGGGAAAGAAAACAAUCUACAUUGGCCAGCUAUGAGGAGAAAUAUCAGUUCUUCAAAAAUAAGAAGCAAAAGAUACAGGAAGGACUUGAGGAUAUGGAAGUUGUUAUUGGAGAUUCCUUCCUUCAGAAGCCGGCAUCGUAUAAAGCAGCACUGGAACAGUGGGAGAAAAGCAAAAAUAUGAUGGCAAAAAUUCAGUCCUAUGAAGAAGAGCUGUUGGAACUCCAAUUGAUAUCCAGAGACCUGAGUGCAAGCAUUGAUGACCAGCUGCUUGAGAAAAUGGUGUACUCAUUGUGGGACAGGUGGAUGUAUUUACUGGGCAUCACUAGAGACAUGGAGCUGUAUGGUAAUGAACUGAAGCAGGAGUGGAAAUUCAUCAGUGAGCUGUUGGAACGGGAGGUGAUACUUCAAGAUAACUGCCAGGAAGAAAUUUUGGACUGGCCUGAAGUCAGUCAGAGAACCCCUCACCUCCAGAAUUCGUUGGCUGAAAUAGAAAGAUUUGAGGAAAAUGUUCAGAUGCAGCAGAUGCAAUUAUCACUUCUCAAGCGACGGAUCCAGAAUAUUUUGGGGAUUCCAAAAUCUGGUUCAGAGUUGGUUCCAGUUAUCAAGGAAAUCCAAGACAUGCAAGCCAAGUGUAAAGGACUUCUACAUAAGGCUCAAGUAACAAAGCAGGAGAUAGAGGAAGAACUUCAAGAAAGAGAAGCAUUAAAAGAUGAAAUCUCUGCAGUGAACAAGUCUGCCCGGGAUGUGUCCUCCAGCUUGGAGAAUAUGGAGAUAACAGAUUUUGUAGACACAAAGACAUCAUUAGAGGAGCUUCUCAGGUUGGUUGGUUCAGAAAAGGAAAAGGCCCAGGUUGUUAUGGAGAAACUGCAAGACCGAUACGCAGAAACAGUCCCAGAAGAACUUCGGUCAUACGCUACACAGUGCCAAGAGUUCCUGCAUGAGACGGAAGAGAAGGUUCGAAAUGAAAUUGAUCAGUGCUCUCCCCAAAACAUUAUGACCAAAAGAGUGAAUGAAAUUUCAGCCGGGCUCAAAAACAUUGAGGCUCAGUUAACAGUAAAAACUGAAAAUAUCUUCCAGGCUAAAGAACUGCAGAAGAAAGUCUGGGAUGAAGUGGAUAGUUGGCACUCAAAGCUGCAUGCGCUGGAGUCGGAGGUUCAGGACAUGGCAGAAGAGGACCCUAGCCUCGCUCAAGAGUGGAUGGAUAAAGUGACUGAACCACUGAACUAUUACCAGCAAGUCACCUACCUUGCUGAACGCAGAUCUGCUAACCUGAACAAGGCGGCUAGCAAGCUAGAAGAAUAUGAAGACACUUUGAAAAGUACAAAAUUGUGGAUCCAGAUUACAGAUGGCUUGAUAAAUACAGAGUUGAAGGAUUGUUCUGCCAAGGUUCUAAAUAAACACGUUAAUGCUCUAAUGAUUGCACUGGAUGAUGCUGAUGGAAAACUAUUCCUCCUGGACACCAUCAGCUCUGAACUCGGGGAACUUUCUGUCAUCUGCGAGACAGAUGAGAUUGUAGAAAGCCUUGGUGAAGUAAAACGCCAAGUGAAGGAUAUUCAGCAAAGAAUUUUAAAUGUUCUUCCACAAAUCCAAUAUUUGACAAAAGAGGUUGGUGCUAUUGAGAAUGAAGUCAAAAAGAUGGAAAAGAAAGUGGGUUCUAUUAGAACUAUUUUGACAUCAAGUGACAUUGAUGAUAUGUUACCUAUAGAGCACCACAGACAUGGACAGGUCAUCCUGGAAAAUAUAGACUCCAUUAGAGGGACAGUUGCAGACAUAGAGGCCUAUAGACCUUCGCUUCCAUUAUCGGCCUCUGGCGUGCGGUCACUUUGCCUAUUCAGGAGAUUGGGACGACUCUUGAGAGAGGCUGAAGUGCUAGAAAAGGUUACCAAGGAGCAGAAUAAGCUUUUAGAGCCAAUCAUUGGUGAAAUGCUAGAGCUUGAUCAAGAGCAGGAAAAGCUAAAGCACAUCUCCAAGAACUUUACAUAUGAAACACCUAAUGUAAAGGAUAGAACUGAAGAAUUGAGGAAAUUAAUGGAUGGAUUACACCAGAAGAAAGAAGGGAUUUUACUUUCUCAGAGACGCUCCGUUAUUGACCAUCUGGUGCGUUUACAACAGGAACCAGAAGACCAGGAUCUGGCAGCUCUUUUGUCCCCAGUAACUGAUGGAGUAGACCAUUUAAGCGAUGAGAUUCACUGGAAUGAUCCCUGCAUUUUGCCAUCACUAGCUGAGGAGAUGGAGGAAUCUUCACUAACUACCGAGGCAGAGGACAAAGUGACAGCCAGUGAAGCCGUUGACCUCAACGUGAAGGCUAAAGAAGAUGCAAGCAAUUACUUAAUUUCUCCGGUUACAUUGGAUCAAAUGACCCAGGAACAGCUGGAAAAUGCCGCCACCGAGUCGGGCAGCGUGAAGCCGGAGAUGAUCCUGCAUGAUUGUCGGGGGAAAGUAACAGAGGUGGAGCUCUGGCUUCAAAGAGUAAACCUGUCAUUAGCAGAGAGCAAACAAGAGCCAGAUAUGCGACAGAGUUUAGAACAGAAGCUUGUAGACUUUCAGAAAACCUUACAAGAAACGGAAAAGAAAAUAAACAGUUUGCUAGAAGGUGCCGGCACAGAUAAGCAAAGGCCCAGCUCCCUGUUAGAGGAGGCAGAGUCCUUGUCCAGAAAACUGAAGGCUCUGAAAAUCAGUCUGGAGAACUUACAGGCAAUGUUGCAGGUCAGGCCCAACGCUGAACAGGUAAAAAGCACAGAGACCGCAGAAAACAAAUACCCCACAGGCAAGCCUGUACCCAGUCAAGAGAUUGUUGAAAGUUUACAGAACAGGAAUGCUGCUGGGGAGGGGAUCUCAGGCCAGAUCAGGCCUAGAGGUAAAUUUUACCUGCCAGAGGAUAUCACCUGGAGUAAGUGGCAGUAUCUGCAGAAGGAGCUGUCACACCGAUCCAAGGCAACGCCUCUUAGCCCUGAAAAUAAGGCUGAAGCAGAAAAGGAAGUGAAGAUAAAUUUAAUAUCAAGAUUUACUGGAAGAACCAUAAAACCAGUACCUCCUGAAGACUCCAAACAACUUCUAAUUCGACUCCAAACUCUGAGCGAAGAAGCAGAUACAUCCCUCCCUCAGGAAAGUGGAAUGAAUCUGCACAGCAAUCUGUUUGUCUGGAUGUGCUCAGUAUCUCAGUGGCUGCAGAAGGUAGAGGAGAUGUUGGAUACAGAUAUAUCCAGGGAGGAAGCAUCUUCAGAGUUGGCACAAUAUGAGAAACUUUCGGAGGAUUUAAAUUCACUUUCAGAAGAAAUGAAAAUGAAAAUGUACUCUCUGUUAAAGCACAUCAGUCAUGAUGGCGAGAAUGUUGGCGUUUUAGCCCAGUGUUAUAAUGACAUAAGAAACUGGCUUGUCCAGACUCGUGGCGUUUUAUCAUCCAGAAUAAAAUGUAUGCAUGAGGAACUGGAAAAACAUAACAACUACCAGAAUGACAUCCGUCAAUUGUAUGACAUGCUAACCAAGAGGAAGUCCGUUUUACAGCAGUUGGGCAACAGAAGUGGCUGUGAGGCAGCAGAAGUGCUUAAGGAAUCUGCUGCGUAUGAGACACAACUUCAAAAUAUUGAAAGGCAACUGUCUGUGCUGAGUGAGAAGGGAGAAGAAUUGUCCAUUCCCAUCUCUUCCAACCAAGAAAUUCACAAGCUGCAGGAUGUCCUGGAUGAGUCCUGGAGGAUUCUCAGAGUAAAACAGGAUGAAUCUAGCGGUGCUGUUAUUGCCAAAUCCCAGGUUGACUCACUGUUGUCUGGGGUCACUGACCUGUUAUCUUUUGGGAAAGAAAAGAUUUUGAAGAGUAAGGACUACAAAUGUGCAAGUAAAGAAGACUUAAAUUCCCAUAUUGAGGAACACAAGAAAUUCUUUAACAUACUAGGCAGCCAAGUUCUCUUAUUACAAGCACUUUUCUCCAAGAACUCCACACCCACUGACUGUAAGCAAAUUGCACAGACGGUUCAUGAAGCGGAUAUCCUAAACAAAGAAGCUGGUGCUCAUUGUAUUCAUAUGAUGGCUGUAAUGAAGGAAUGGGAUGAGUUUGACUCGAGAUACAACGAUCUCUAUAAAAAGAUGGAAGCUCUUGAAUCUCUGGUCCCCACAAAAAGUCUGGUGGAAGAGUCAGUAGAACGGGUUAAUGAACGACUUCGCCAAUAUCAGCAAAUUAAACUACAUCUUGAUGAAAACGAGCCCAGACUAAGCUGGGUACUUAUGCCAGGGAAAAGGCUGCAGCCUCUAGUGCGUUGUAGGGAUCUGGACUCUCAGAUUCUUAGGAUGGAGCAACAGUGGUCACAGCUAACCCAAAACGUCAGUCAUGAGCUGCACAGACUGGAGUCUCUAGGCAGCCAUUUGGCCAGUUAUAACAGGGAUUCUGCUGAAUUAUCAGCUUGGCUGAGCUCUGCCUACCAAAAGCUGAAUAACUUCAGGACGCAAUCACUGGAUGUCUCUCAGGACUUGGAUACCACUAAAGACAACCUGCACAGGUUCUUUGAAUUCACAAUUGAAAUGGAUGGGAAAUCCUCCCUUAAGACAUCAGUGCUAAGCACUGGUACCCAGCUGCUCCGUCUGAAAGAAGCUGACCCAGCAAUGCUGAAACUGAGCCUGGCCAAAUAUGAGGAGCAGUGGACAGAGAUUAUUGCUGCAUUGCCCCCAAUUCAGGAGAAGCUACAACAACAACUUAUAGAGAAACUUCCUUCUCUGCAAGCAAUCCAGGAAGUGAUGGACUGGAUGAAAAAUAUUGAGCAGAGUAAUGCUGAGACUGUUCCAACCACUACGUCUGACAUUAGAAGUCGUCUUCAGAAAUAUAAGACACUUCGGAAACAAAUGAGCCACAAGCAAUGCAUAGUUGAUUUUAUCAACCAGUCGUUACCACAGCUUAGUGUGGGUGACGUGGAAGGCAAACGAUACCAGAGGACGGAAUUGGCUGAGCUUCUUGGAACCUUAAAUCUACAAUGGAACAUGAUGCGGGGGGACCUUAACAAGAAGAUUCAACAUGUGGAACAGACCCUUGAGAGCACAUCUGACCAGGAGAGCAAGAGACAGUCAGUAAACAAUUGGUUAGAUGCCCAGCAAGUAAGACUGAACAAAUUGCAGAGGCCAUCAACUCUAACAGCAGCGGAGAGCAUCUUGGCAGAGUGCUUGGAGCUGGAAGAACAAAUCAAGGCCAAGUCCAAUGUGCUGGAGGAAUUGGAGAGGAGUGGACCACCAGCAGGGGAUCACGGCGUAUUCCAGCAAGGUUUAUUGACCUCAGAAAACCUCAUGAAGAAGAGAAACGCUUUUGCGAGUCAGGUUGCCGAUUUGAAGACCUCUAUACACUCGUCGUUGAGACAUUGGAAGACAUACAACGAAAACUAUGAAUGUGUGAAGAAAAUGUUGGUCAAAUUAUUGUAUGUCGUUUGUCAAGCCAAAAGACCCAUAUCAUCAUUGAACUGUCUGGAGCAAAAUCUGACGAUACUGCAGACCACUCAGGAGCAGGCUGAACAACAUGAGGAAAACUGGUCCAAAAUGAGAGCUGCUCUUAAAAGCAUGGAAGGUCUCUGCAGCCCUUCAGCCAUUGCCAUUCUGGGACAGGAUUGUAAAGAAGCUGAAAGCAGGUGGACUCCAGUGAAUGAGGAACUUUCUAGUGAGCUACAGUCAGCUGGACUUUUACUGCAACUAUGGGAAGCCUACAGUGACUCCUACCAGAAUCACACCCGGGACAUGGAACAACUGGAAGGAAAGUGUCAGCAGCUACUCUACGCUAAACUCUCGGAAGACAAACAAGCUGACACCCUACAACAAAGAAUUCAGGAUCUACAGGUGUUGGAGCAAAGUCUGCAGGCCCUCCGAGCCCACAACCUGCAAGUUUCAGAACUGGCAGACAAAGUGAUUCGCCAAAAUGCAGCAGCUGCCGAUGUGAUCUACUCGGAGAGACAAAACGCUUCUCACAGGAUUGAUCACUUGGAGAGAAGUGUCUCAUCAAAGAUGGCAGAGUUGAAGCUACUUCAGAAGGAGGUUGAGGCCUUCAAAGCCGAUCUAGAAAAUCUGCAGUCCUGCGUAAAGUCAUCAGCUGAUUUUGUCGGCCAUGUUUGUCUUUCACAAAAGGAGAAGGAAGAACGUUCUGAACCUAUUAAGAAGCAUCUGUUGGAGCUCAGAGAACGGUCGGCUGACAUUGAGCAUUUGAAUGAAGAAACCUUUACUCUACCUCUGGAUGACCGCAGUUUGAUGUUGCUGCAGAACUUGAACCGGAGCUGGGAGAAAACAGGAGAAAUGGCACUCGAAGAUUGCAGGGAGCAUCGGGUGAAUGAACUGGACAGAAAUAAUUUUAUUCAAAAUUACGAGACCUGGAUGCAGUGUGUGGAGAAGAUGGAGAAUGACCUCACUAUGGGAACUGCAGGAACGUAUGAAGUGCUGAAGAAGCAACAGGCAAUGUAUGAGAAGCUGCAAGCUGAAAUAGCCAUAAAUGAACACAUUUUGCAUGCCUUUGUGACCAAAGCUUUGAGUGUCCUGGAAUCAGAGGAAGAAGAAAACAGAGGUGAGGUCAUUUUAAAGCUGACAUCCUUAAAGAAGAAGUGGCAGAGUGUGAUCAGCCUGGUGCAGCAGAGGAACCGAGAGAACACCAUUCUACUGAAGCAGUGGAGGCAGUUCAGAGUCUCUAAACAAAGACUUGAAAAUAACUUGAAUGGGGUGCAGACUGCUCUUUCCAGUGUCAGUCCACAGAGAUGUCACAGCCUAAUCAAUGCUGAAAAACUCCUUUAUGAUUUUAAGGAAAAGGAGCGUCAUCUUAACAGGCUGCAGUCUGUUUACAACACAAUGGUAGAGAAUGGUAAAGAUUUACUAGCUGUAGUUGAGCCAGAGUCCAAGGAAGCUCUGCAAUGUGAUGUGACUCGGCUUCAAGACUUGUGGCAGAAAACAACACUGCAGUUACAGGCCGUUCUCACCCACUUCAAUGACACGACUCUGAAGAGAGAACAUUUUGAACAGAAUGUGGAGAACAGAAGAAAAUCUCUUCAUGGCCUGAAAGUGCGAGUAGACGAACCACUGCCGACACUUCACGAGGAUCUGCAAAGAUUUAGACAAACCGUUAAGGAGCUGGAGGAAGCUUUGGAUGAGUGGGGAGACGGUUUGAAAGAGCUGGAUAACAUGAAGGCAGAAUUAUCGCAAUAUAUCAUAGCGGAGGAUGGCGUGGUGCUCAAGAAGCAAGUGGAAGCUCUGCACAGGCAAUGGGAAGAGUUGUGUCUCAGGGUGUCUAUGAGAAAACAGGAGAUAGAGGAUCGCCUCAAUGCCUGGAAUGUGUUCAAUGAGAAGAACAAGGAGCUGUGUGAUUGGCUGGCGCAGAUGGAGAGUAAAGUCUUGCAGACCUCUGAUGUGAACAUCGAGGAAAUGAUUGAGAAGCUGCAGAAGGACUGCAUGGAAGAAAUUAAUCUCUUCAGUGAAAAUAAACUGCACUUGAAACAAAUUGGAGACCAGCUGAUCAUAGCCAGCAACAAGGCCCGGUCGACUGAUAUUGAAAACAAGCUGAAUAGAGUGAAUGACCGAUGGAAGCACCUGUUCGAUGUGAUUGGCUCCCGUGUAAAGAAGUUGAAGGAAACACUGGUAAUCAUUCAGCAGCUGGACAAAAACAUGAGUAAUCUGCGUACUUGGCUGUCUCGCAUCGAAUCCGAAUUAUCCAAACCCGUCAUUUACAGCAUAUGUGAUGACCAGGAGAUAAACAAGAAACUGGAGGAACAAAAGGACUUGCAAAAGGACAUCGAGCUGCACAGCACUGGCGUGUCUUCUGUAUUAAGUAUCUGUGAGCGUCUGUUGCAUGAUACAGAUGCUUGUGCCAAUGAAACGGAGUGUGACUCCAUACAGCAGACCACACGGAGUCUGGAUAAACGAUGGAGAAAUAUCUGUACAAUGUCUAUGGAGAGACGGCUCCGAAUUGAGGAAACUUGGCGUUUGUGGCAAAAGUUCCUGGAGGAUUACUCUAAAUUUGAUGACUGGCUUAAAGAAGCUGAAGCAAUGGCUGCUUCCCCAGACUCUUCAGAUGUACUGUACACAAAAGCCAAAGAAGAACAAAAGCGGUUUGAGGCCUUUCAGCGGCAGAUUCAUGAGCGUCUUACUCAUUUGGAACUUAUAAACAAGCAGUACCGGAGACUUGCUCGGGAGAAUCGCACUGAUGCAGCCAGCAGAUUGAAGCAGAUGGUACAUGAAGGCAACCAGAGCUGGGACCAGCUCCAGAGAAGAGUGGCUUCCAUACUGAGGAGGCUGAAGCACUUUACUAGUCAAAGAGAAGACUUUGAAGGGACCAGAGACUGCAUCCUGGUGUGGCUGACAGAAAUGGACUUGCAGCUUACUAAUGUGGAGCAUUUCUCAGAAAGCGACAUCGAGGAGAAGAUGCAACAAUUGGCUGGUUUUAAACAAGAAAUUACCCUGAACACCAACAAAAUUGACCAGUUGAUAGUUUUUGGAGAGCAGCUAAUCCAGAAGAGCGAGGCCAUGGACGCUGUGAUUAUUGAGGAUGAGCUGGAAGAGAUUCACAGAUAUUGCCAAGAGGUAUUUGGACGAGUCUACAGAUUCCAUGAGAGACUGACAUCGAGGGGUUUGAAUUUCGAGGAAGAAAGAGAAAAUUCUGAAAAUGAUACAGAUGGAGAAGAUUCAAGGGAAAUUCAGAAUUCUUCCUGGCAUUCCUCGAUCCCUGAAGUAGAGACCUCCCACCAGUCUCUGUGCCACCUGAUGCCCCCACCUCUCCCACAUGACCGGUCAGGCCGCGAAACUCCAGUCAGUGUAGACUCCAUUCCUCUAGAGUGGGAUCCAACUGUUGACGUGGGUGGAUCUUCUAUGCACGAGAAUGACGAGGAGGGUGCCUACUACAAUCCUUUGUCAGAUGUAGAAAUUGCUGAAAGUCCAGAGGCCUAUGUCAUAAUGACAACAAAAACUGUCCAAGCAUCUUCCGGGACAUCCGGAUUGGAGACUCCAUCAUGGCAUUCUCCAGAAAAGCACAUGGCAGUUGUAAAGCCAGAGUACAAACAAAAUGAGACUGCACAGGAUCUGAUAUCUGCUACAAUGGGAAUCAAAGCCUCAAUAGAUGCGUCUACUAAUGGGCAAAUGUCCACUUCCACUCCUUCUAGAAAGGCCGACGUGAGGACAUCAGGUACCACGCAUGAACAGGCUGAAGACCAAGGAUUUCGAGGAAUUUACAGCUCAGAGACCCAUUCAGGUGUUAUUGAACGCUGGGAGAUUAUUCAGGCUCAGAGCUUAAGCAACGAGCUAAGUGCAAAGCAGAAUUUACAGCAGUGGCAGCAAUUUAAUUCCGAUUUGGAUAAUAUUUCACUGUGGCUUGAAAAGACCGAAGCCGAGCUUGACAAUGCUGAAAAACUAAAGCCAUCUACAUCCAUCCAAGAACUGGAGCACAAAGUGAAGCAGUUUAAGGAUACUUUGAAGGCAUUUGAUCAUUAUAAAGCUCUGGUUCUUUCCGCAAACCUGAGCAGUAAAGAGUUCCAGCAGGCAGAUGAUGUGGAGAGUGAAAGUCUUCUGAGUAGACUGCAUGAGGUGAAUUCCCGCUGGGACCAAGCAUGUCAUAAGAGAGACAAGUGGAGGGAGAGCUUGCAGAAUGAUCUUAACCAGUGUGAGGAAUUCCAUGAGACAAGCCACCAACUAUUACUGUGGUUGACUGAGGCAGAAUCUCGUAGAUUGAAAUACCGGGUGGCAGAUCGUAAGGGAGAUCCACAUGCACUGCUGGAGUGCCAAAGGCAACUAAUGCAACUGGAAGAGCAGCUGCAGGAGAGACAAAUUCAAGCCAAUUCCCUUCAGGACAUGUCCAGUAGCUUGCUGGAGAGUAACGUUGGAGGAGUCUAUGUGGAGGCCGAUGAGAGGACACAUGUCAUUGCAACCAAGAUGAAGCAACUCCUAAAAGACGUUUCACGAGAUUUGAAAACAGUACAGCGAGCUCUGGAUGAUUGUACAUCGGAUGAGGUUGACUCUGUAACAGCUACAAACAGCCAGAACACAGUUGGAGCUCUUCAAGAUACCAGAAACCAGGAGCCCGCCGCCACAGUCCAGGAAACCUCGAAAAAGCGAUCAUUCUUCUACCGUGUGCUACGUGCUGCCCUUCCUCUCCAGCUUCUACUUCUCCUCCUUCUCCUCCUUGCCUGCAUGAUUCCCUUCUCCGAGGAGGACUACAGCUGUGCCCAAGCCAAUAACUUUGCCCGCUCCUUUUACCCAAUGCUGAGGUAUACCAAUGGGCCUCCACCAACCUAAAUGGGGUUCAUAUGCACCUCAAAUGACAUUCCAAUGUUGUAUGUGCAGUCUUCAGUGUGACAAACCAGCAGCCCAUGUGAUCUGAUUAUCUCAGUUGUUACACCAUCAUUGAUGUGUGGUGUUUAUUGGGGGAGGGGGGGGGGGGUUUUGUACAAAACUGCAGGGUUACUUUCAUCUGGGGGGUACUAAAGCUGCGCCAGCAAAUGGUACAUGGGGGGCAAAGAUUUGCAUGCACAUAGUAACUUUAUAUUGCAGUGUAACUGGUGACGGUUCAUAAGGAUAUAGCCAUUUUAAUUACUUUUUAGAUAACGCAAUAACAGAGUUUAUUUAAUUGCAGUGCAAAGAGCAGUGGCGUGCCACGACACAAAAUCAUUUCAGAUUGCGCACUGUUCUUUGAAUUUUAUUAAAUAAGCCGUUUGUGUUUUCCUUCUCAGUGUUUGUGAUUAGGAACUUUAUUUCAUGACUGUGGCUUUUAUCCACCAUUUUAUUUUACCGUUUUUUUAUGUAAAAUUUUAAAUGGUAAUUACUAUGUAAAUUUAGCACAGUUCUCAGAAUCAAGUCAUCUAUAUUCCUAUGUUGUACAGAGCAAUUUGGUUUUAUACUGACGAUUUCUGGCUUAUUUUAAGUGUUGUACAGCUAUAUUUGAGGGGUUUUAUUGUUCACUUUGUAAACCAUUAUGCAAAUCACAAAACAUUGAAAAAGGGAUUUGAAGGUCAUUCAUGUUUCAAGCUGUAUCUUAAAAAAAAAAAAAGAAGAAAAAAGGGAUUCUAAUAUAUUCUGUAAAAUAAUGUUCCACAAGCAAAAAGGAAAAUUUGUUUUGACGGGUAUUGAUUUAAUAAACUUCUUAUGACCUUUGUAAUUUA